UUUUCUUGUUAAAUGUACAACGUAUAUAUAUAUUCAUUCUAUUAACUUCGAGUUUGUCUGCUGAUAUAAAAUAGAUGUCUCUGCCGUGAACGUUCAACAUUUAGUUAUAAAAAUAGCAUUCGGUUUACAAGUUUUCUAUAAACUGUACAUACGGUAGGUCACUGUUUUCAGCCGGUAUAUGAAAGUAAUUCCAGUUAAUGUUGACAUUUUUUUAAAAGUGCGCGCCGCUGUUUAACUGAUAAUAUGUUUUAUAGUGUUUUAAAUAAUACGAAUAACUUAUAGAGUCAAAAUAAUAUUUCUUUAAAAUGCCUGAAAGAUUUAAAGUAUCUCGUGCCGAAGAUCCAAAUAACUAUAAUAGUUUUAGUGAUAAUACUCGAGAUGAGGGAAAUAGUUAUAAUAGUUACAGUAGUGGAAGAACUGAGGACCAAAGGAUAAAACAAAAGCUCUUACCAGAUCCCAGUCCAGAUAACCAUCGAGCAGACAUAAUAUCUACAAAUGAAAUUCAAGGACACGAUGAACCGUUUGACCUUUACUAUGACACAGAAGAUGAACACGAACGCCCCAGGAUCACAACCUUUGUACAAUCCCUGGCAAAUUAUUCGAAUACCAUUCCUCCUAUUAGCAGUGAUCCAGAUGCUCCACCUCAACCUGCUAAGAGUGCUCAAAUGGGAACACUCAUUGGAGUAUAUCUGCCUUGUAUUCAGAAUAUUUUUGGUGUUAUUCUAUUUAUUCGUUUAACGUGGGUGGUGGGUACUGCCGGAGCAAUAUUCGGUUUUAUGAUAGUAUUGACAUGUUGCUGCGUAACUAUGUUGACAGCAAUUUCUAUGUCUGCCAUCGCUACAAAUGGAGUCGUUCCGGCAGGAGGAAGCUACUUUAUGAUAUCGCGAUCCAUAGGUCCGGAAUUCGGAGGUGCUGUAGGGAUGUUGUUUUAUACUGGCACCACCUUAGCGGCAUCUAUGUAUAUUGUGGGCGCUGUGGAAAUAGUUUUGGUCUAUAUGGCACCAAGCGCAACCCUGUUGGGCAGUAUAUCGGAUGACGAAGUCAAGUUUAAUAAUUUUAGAAUUUAUGGAACCUGUCUACUUCUCGUCAUGGGCACAAUUGUAUUUGUGGGAGUAAAAUUUGUCAACAAGUUUGCAGCCGUUGCUCUGGCUUGUGUACUACUCUCAAUCGUGGCUGUUUACGUUGGUAUUUUCAUGAAUUUCCACGGAAACGAUAAAUUACAGCUAUGCGUAUUGGGUAGAAGAGUUCUCAAGCUGGAUUCAAUAAGUGAAUGCCAUAAAUUUCCCAACGGUACCUUAUAUAACGACUUUUGCCGUAAUGGCACAUGCGAUAGUUAUUGGAAAAAUGAGAACCUUACUAUUGAGAGAGGCAUUAAAGGAUUGGCUUCAGGUGUAUUCUUUGAAAAUAUUCAUCAUAGUUUUCUGGAACAAGGACAAUUUAUUGCCAAAGGAAACAAGCCCGUGGAUGUAGAAAAUGUAGGAACAAAUAAUUAUGCCCAAAUAAUAAAUGAUAUCACGACAAGUUUUACGAUUUUAAUUGGAAUAUUCUUUCCAUCGGUCACUGGAAUUAUGGCGGGGUCUAAUCGUUCUGGAGACCUGAAAGAUGCUCAAAAAUCUAUUCCUAUUGGUACAAUAUGUGCUAUUCUGACAACGUCAACAGUUUACCUUAGUUCAGUGUUGCUAUUUGCUGGUACUGUUGAUAACCUCCUUCUUAGGGACAAGUUUGGAAGUUCUAUUGGAGGAAAAUUGGUAGUAGCAAAUAUUGCAUGGCCGAAUCAGUGGGUUAUAUUAAUUGGAUCGUUUCUUUCUACCUUGGGUGCCGGUUUGCAAUCACUUACAGGAGCUCCUAGAUUACUUCAAGCUAUUGCUAAAGAUGAAAUUAUUCCUUUUCUUAGGCCCUUUGCAGUUUCCUCCUCUCGUGGUGAACCUACGAGAGCUUUAAUUCUAACUUUGUUGAUAUGCGAAUGCGGUAUCUUAUUAGGAAACGUUGACAUCCUUGCGCCGUUACUCUCUAUGUUCUUUCUUAUGUGUUAUGGCUUUGUUAAUUUAGCUUGCGCCUUGCAAACAUUACUUAGAACACCUAACUGGAGACCGAGAUUCAAAUACUACCACUGGGUAUUAUCAUUUUUGGGACUCUCUCUCUGCAUUGCAGUUAUGUUUAUGACUUCUUGGUAUCUGGCCCUACUUGCUAUGGGUAUGGCUGGUAUUAUUUAUAAAUAUAUUGAAUAUCGAGGAGCUGAGAAAGAAUGGGGUGAUGGUAUUAGAGGGCUAGCCUUAUCAGCAGCCCGAUAUUCUUUACUUCGACUAGAGGAAGGACCCCCACAUACCAAGAAUUGGCGCCCACAAAUUUUAUUGCUGGUUAAAUUAACCCCGGACCUUGAGCUCGAACAUCGAAAAUAUAUUUCUUUAAUCUCACAGUUAAAGGCUGGUCGAGGUUUGACAAUAUGUGCCUCAGUUAUCCGAGGCGAACUGCCAGACAAGGUUUCUGAAGCUCUAAAGGCUAAACAAACAUUAAAGGGAGUGAUGGAUAAAGACCGAGUAAAAGGCUUUGCCGAAAUUUUAGUUGCGAAGCAUGUAUCGGAAGGGCUUUGUAAUUUAGUUCAAACUGCGGGUCUAGGUGGCUUAAAGCCAAAUACAGUCAUCCUAAGUUGGCCUUAUUUUUGGAGGGAGGACACCGAGGAAGAGCAAGCAUUUGAAAAUACUGUCCGUACUUUAACUGCGGCCAAAAUGGCGUUACUGAUACCAAGGGGUAUAGAUUUCUUUCCAGAUAAUACACAGAAGGUUAAUGGAAAUAUUGAUAUUUGGUGGAUAGUUCAUGAUGGAGGACUGUUAAUGUUAAUACCAUUCUUACUAAAGCAACAUCGUACUUGGAAAAAUUGCAAAUUGCGUAUUUUUACUGUAGCUCAAUUUAAUGACAAUAAUAUCCAGAUGAAAAAAGAUUUAAAGAAGUUUCUAUAUCAGCUAAGGAUAGAAGCAGAAGUGGAGGUAGUAGAAAUGUCCGACAAGGAUAUCUCUGCCUAUGCAAAUGAGAGAACUCUACUAAUGGAACAGCGUACUCAAAUGUUGCGAGAAUUACAUCUUAAUAAAAAGGAAUCAAUGGGAAUGACGCUUACGAAUGGAGGAGUACAAGAAAAUAUAUCUCUGGUACAAUCCGUAGUAGAUCAGCAUCAUUCAAUUGAAAAAACUCCAUCAAAAGUCAGGUUUGAAGAGGCGCCCAAAUCCGUUAGCAAUAAUACAGACAACAAGAAAGAUAAUGAUUUGGAAGAAAAUCGCAGAGAGCCUUCAAAUGAGCCAAACGCUAAUGAAGAUUGUGAGAACAAUAUUAAUGAAAAAGAGGAUGGAGCCUCAGAGAAAGAGAGCCUCAAGGAACAUGGCGAUGAAUUUUCAAAGGAUCUUAGCUUUUCUUUAGAGGCUGACACACUUCGCCGUUUACAUACAGCUAUGAGGCUAAAUGAAACAAUUCGAUCUAUGUCGAAGGAUUCACAGCUUGUGAUUUUGAAUUUGCCCUCCCCUCCAAAAAAUCCUAUACCAGGAAGACAAACUUACUAUCUAGACUUUUUGGAGGUCCUUUCUGAGGGAAUGGAGAAAGUAUUAAUGGUGAGAGGAGGUGGUCAGGAAGUAAUCACUAUAUAUUCAUAAUCUAAUUUCGGGGGCUCAUCAGCUAUGCUGGUGAUAGUAGCCAAAACGCUGAUAUUGAAAAUUAAAUAAGCAAAAAGGCAGACUUAAUGUUAGUUUUUCGAGGGUUCUCAGUUAUAGUUUUCCUUAUAAGAAUAAAAUUGUUUUGUUAUAUAACAAAUUUUCAGGAAAUAAACGCCCUUAACAAAAGCCAUAAUAUACAACGACAAAAGAAAUAUGCCUUGUUCUGGCAUUCGAAUCAGAAAUACGUUUUCGCACAAUUAGGCUAACAUUUAAAUAUUUUAUUGAAAUUUAACAAGCCGCGGAUAAUGCAAAUUUUUAACAGCAAAAAUUUCCCACAGUGUAUAUUGUAAUUAUCGGAAGCAUUUGUACAAGCAUCCAAAUUUGGGAUAUUUUGUAUGAAACCAUGCGGGCGAGUUUAUCUUUAUAUUUCGAUAAAAGAGCACCGUAUCGGAGGCGGAAGGGGUAAAUAUGGAAGGAUUUAAAACCUUAUCUAAUUCGAUAUUCAAUACAUUGUAUUGUAUAAUAAACUUUUCCUUUAAUUAAAUCUAAUCUAAGAAAUCGUUUUGAAAACGCGCGCUAGUUUCAACAUCUUUUAAAUUCGAUUCAUGUCAAAAUUGUAAUAUUUUCAAAUAUUAUUAAUACAAACUUCACCUAGAAUAUCUUUGCCUAAGACAUGAAUUUUUACCAAUCUGCUAAGCAAUCAAUGCUGAAAAUUUCUGUUGUUACAUGGGAUUAUUAUUUAUAUGUGAGGGAAAUAUCUGCUAUAGUACUACCAAUUUUCUACGGCCAAUAAUUUUAUAUGUAUGCUGCUAUCACAAGAAAGAAUCAGGAUUCUAGCAAAUUAGAAGUUUUAAGUAAGAUACAUAUAAAAUAAAAUAGCAUCCUGUACGUUAGUCAUAAUUAUAUACGGUUGGCAAAAUAAUUUAACAGAAUGCAGCGAUGUAUUGAUAGCAAAGUUUUCUCUGUCGAACCUUUACAUACACAUCUCAUUUUUUUUGCAUGGGAUUGCAGACUAUAAAAUAUUUUUGCCAGCGGUACAUACAGCCUUUUGUAGACUUAAACUCUUAUUUUAUGACAGCAGUAUACUGAAUUUCAGAUAGCAAGACAUUAAAAUCAGAGAAUGACUUGAUGCGAAUAUUUAUUUUUUAUAUCAACUCUAAAAAAUAGGCCUAAUAUUUCUUAUUGCCGCUAGCUUUUUUUCUGACAUUUUCAAAGUCUGAGAACCCAAUUUACAGUAUUUUUAAAGUAUGUAUUAGGGAAUUACUAAAAGGAAUAGUGAUUUAUUUUAACCAAAGAGAUUAAUAUUCUUCUUUAAAAUAAUACUAGAUCGUAAUGAGAAAUUAAACUGUUAGAUUUAUUUACAUUUAUCGUACAAUCUGGACUUAAGCGUGAUUGUUAGUGUGUCCUUACGUAACUAUUUUUUUAAAUCAAAAUAAUCUAACUAUAUUAUAAAAACUGCUCAGUUUUCUACAAUUAAUACCGGCCAGAAGUAGUGAGUCAAUAACAAUGAUUGUGAUGCUCAUAUCUAGCUGAAUAAAUAUUUCGAGCGAUCAACUUAAAUCGUUGGUAAAUUACAUUUAGCUCACUACGUUAAUUAAAGCAAGUAUUUAUUAUUCUACAGUAUGCAUACAUAAAAACACAAUAUAGCUAAUAUUAACUAUUAUUAACAAUUAUCUUACAGCAGGCUAUAAAAUUUUUUUUAAAUUUUUUUCCAAGAUUUUAGGGAUAAGUAUAUAAAAAUCAUGGCUGUGUUUGAUUUUCACAUUUUAUUUUUUAUUCCUCUUAAACUGGAAGAUUUUAGUUAAUCUCGUACUUUUUUACAACAACUUUGACAAGUUUUCUUUGAUAAUUGACAGAUAAAGUUUAAAUAAUUUAGUUAGUUACAUGCUUCUUAAAUUUAAUAAUUUUGUUAAUGACCGAAUUUUAUAAAAUAAAUCAAAACCCUUGUCUACUUAAUUUAUAUAAAUAAUACUAAUACAUUUUUUUAAGCGAAGAUAAUACUUACAGGGUUAAAUGGAAAAAAUAAAUAUAAUUAACAAAUAAAGUUCAUAUAAAUAUUUAUGAAUAAAGCGUUUGCGAAUAUUUAUAGACACUUUCUUCAUUUUGUUGUCUAAAGCCGCGUAUCCACCUGACAAACGGAACGUUUAGAAACAUUUGCAAUCGUUUACAAACACGAUGUUUAUCCGGUGGAUACGUCGGUCACUCACAUUUGCAGGCGUUUGUCACUGUUCCGCGAAAAGUCGGUAACUUCAAAGGAUUUGACUUGUUUGUGGAUUUCUGCCUGAUUUCAGUGGAGACGCAAUAUUUUACGUUUGUAGAUAAAUAGAUAUUUACAUAGCUCGCUAAUGCUUUCAUGAUGGCGGCACAUACUUCAGGAAUUAUUCUAGAAAUGAGCUGCUUCGAAACUCUGAAGAGGUACAUAAGACUGGCAUAGGAAUCUCCUGUCGCUAGAAAGCGAAGUAUGAUGGCCAGUCUAAUUUCGGCAGAGACGCACUUUCGAUAGUUCGUGUCAAUUUUAGAUAUUUCUGGAGAAAUUCUUGAGAGCAGAAAAUCAAAAUCUCUUGGCGAAACUCGAGUAAAAUUUUCGAAUAAGCUACUCCUGUCAGUUUUGAUAUCAGAAAUCAGCUGCAUAGAAACUCUAGUUUUUAAAAAAUGAGACACCCAAAAUCUAUGUUUCCUGCUUUUUUUCUUCUUUUCUUUUUCUAUUAGUGCACAAAAUACUAAUGCAGCACAGGCGGCAAGUUUUUUUCUACUUAACGGGGCCAUUUUUACAAUUUUUCUAUUCUCGGUUUUCGUCAAAAUAAAAAAAGACCUGGAUACGCGACAAACGCUUUCAAAACUGCUUUGUGAACAAUUUCAAACAACAUGUGCUGAUCGGUGGGUACUUCGUUUUGCAAGCGUUUAUCAAUAUUAGCAAACGUUUACAAAUAUUGCUACAAAUGUUAAUGCCAGUGGAUACGCGGCUUAAGAAACUCGCCGAUGAAGUUUGAGAGGAUUUACUUAUAUGUGAAUUUAAGUUCUAAGAGCAUAAGCUUAGCAUUUUAAUACGUAUAUAAAAAGAUUUUAUAAUUCAUUUUUAUGUUUGAAUGCCAACAAAAUUUUUGAAAUGUAGAAGCAUGUUAAGUAAUUUAAUUUAUUCACUGUAACCCAAGAUUAAACCCAGAGAGUAAUUAAUGAAAAAAGUUAUCAAAGUAGAUAAUGUAUGCCAUUUUAAAUAAAAUAUGACUGGUUUAGAAGACCGACUGAAAUGAAGAUCGGAAUUUUUGUUAUAUUUUUGUGAAUUAUUAACAACAUUAGAAUAAAAACCAUGCCAAGUUUCAUGUAAAUUCUAUAAGUUUGAUACUCUGUAUUUGCUAAACAAGUCACAUUACUUAUAAAAUAUCGACUUAAAUUGUAUAGAGACAACCAGUUAUCCAAAAAUAUAUAUAUAAAUAUACACGCCGAGCAAUUUGCAAUUUUCUCCCUGCAUUAACAUGUAACAGAAAUUCAUAGGCAAAGGGUUAACUUAAAAAGAGAACGAUCAUGCUUCAGCGAUUCCUCACUUGCGGUUGCCGCUAAGAGCUGAAAUGCAAUACGCCGCACCUCUCGGUCAUCUCUACGUUCAAUUUAACAUUAUUCAACUCUACGUUAUUAUAAAAGUCAGAGAUCAGUUUUAGUUGGUUACCCUUAAAAUUCUCUGUGUAAUGACAGUUUUCAAAAAAAAAACAUAAGUGAAGAUUACAUAGUUAAGCAUUGUUGUAAUGAAUUCUCAAAUAACAGUUUGUUGUAUGGCUGCUGUUACCAGAACUAUAAACAGGUGCAAAAAACCGUUUUUUCAAACAUAUUCACUCAUGUACAUGUAAAGUAUUGACCAGUAUUAUAAUAAGCUACCGCUGAACUUAAGACUCUAGGUAAUUUGAACAAAAUAAUCAUUAUUGCUUUACCGCCAAAAAUAAUUAGCUAAAUCAGUUUAUUUAACUAAAACAAAAAAUAUAUGUGGAAAAUAAAUCUUAAUUCGCAAGGAAUAAUUUUCGGAGUUUUUAACUAACAGUAAAAUACUUCAGUAAUAUUAACGUACAGUUAUUGUUUAAUAUUAUAUUUAGUACAAAAAAACAUUAAAUGAAUAUAUUAGGCACAGUUUACCUAUAGCUGUCAUAUGUUAAAUUAAAAAUGCAAAUGUCGUUGAACUAUCAACCAUUGCUUCCAGCGCAGAAACAAUUUGACAAAAAAAUCUUAGCAAAGUACAAUGUAAGUAAACUUGGAAGGUUGUAAUAAUUUUUCUUUAAUUAAAAAGUAUUAAACAUAAACGUAUGUUUUUUUGUAUUUAAAGCAAUUGUUUAAUGUUUAUUGUUUCUUGCAAGCAAAGCGCUUUUAUGUAGACAAUUGACAAUUGGCCCAAGGGCCGAAAGCGAUUUGCCUACAUUGAACAAUAUAUCAAUUGCUCUAAAUGCAAAAAAUCAUCUUUCAUUUCUAAACUUCCAAGAGCAAUACAGUCACCUUCCUUCUUCUAAUUAGUUCCAAUAAAAAUUAUCCGCCUUACAUAAAGCAUAUUAUAAAUAAAGUUACAACAUAUACAAAUAUAAAUACUAAAAAUAUACACAAUGACGUUUUACUAUAGACUUAGAAAACUUAUACUUUUGUACUGGUAAAAUGUUCAGUUAUUUUAUUAGUUUUACGGCUAUUUUACCAGGCUUUAAUUAAGUGCUGCACCGACGUUAAAGCAAUAAAGUCAAUUACACCGUAACAACAAUUUAACAUGAUUUAAUACUAUGAUAUUUAUUUUAAUUAGCAGAACCAGUGAUGACAAGCUUAGUUAAAAAAUAAAUAAAUCAAUAAAGUAACUCUUUUAGGUUUAUUCUUACAUAAAAUUUUUAAAGUUGUAACCCAGAGGAAAAAGAUAAAAAGCGAUAACUAUGUUAGCUACAAACCUAUAAAUAUUCUUCAUUUAACUUUCAGUAUUUUUCUGAAAAGUUCAAAUAAAUGUAUACCCUAAAAGUUUACAACUUACAUCAGAUUUAUAUAUAAGAGAUGUCUUUAAGGUAGCGGUCAGUCUGAUACAAAAACUACUUUCUCUGGUUCUUGAGAUGUGUUACACACAUAUACCUAGAAUGUUCUAUAUUUUAUUUUAUAUGUAUAUGGUUUCACGCUAUCUUUUGGCAACAAAAGAUUCGAACGUAUAGGGGGUCGAGAAUGCCAAUUGAGCUACAUAAUGGGGCUAGUUUAGCUGGUCAAACUACGGGUGAGCUGAUAUGAUUCGCAUAUAAUAGGGCUUGAGAUAACAUUAUUAAACACAGACAAUGGGUCUGCAGCGAUUAUUAAUCGGAUGACAUUUAUUCUUGCAAUAGCUAAUUUUUAAUAGCUUUUUUGUAUUUUCAAUAUUAUUUAUAACAGCCUAUGAUGAUUAGAAUAACUUUUUUUAAUAUCAGUUAUUUUUCAUUUUUUUUUCAUUUGCCACCUUGAACCCUAAACACUUGCAGUUACUAUAACGCGUAUAAAUGCGAACGUACAUGUAUUUGCUCUAUCUAAAAAUAAUAAAUCUAAAUUUCUUUUAGUCCAGAUACCGCUAGCUGUGUCGGGACGCAAAUAUAACAUUUGCUGUUGCAAAAGUUUUUGCGAAUUGUUUCAAGUUUAAUGAACGAUUUGAUUUUCUGUUUUUUAGUCGAUCACUUUUUUUUACUGAAUGUACGUGAAAAUGCUUUACGUUUGAAAUAUGAGCCUAGGCUUUUGUUUGCUAUUCCAGUUAGACCAAGCAAAAGCAUUUCUUUGCUUAUAUUCGUUCGCCGUAUGGGCACGCGCCUUAUUUGACUUUUUUGUGUAUUGUUACUCUUAAAUGUACAAUGCUUCAUUUUAAAAUCAAACUCGGCUGUUUUAUUCAAAAGUAGUAAACGAAAUAUGAAACAUGCUCUCAUGUUACUGCUUUCGGUAUAUAUUUGGACCAAUUAUUAUUUUAAAAAGAAAAAUUUUUAACUGGAAAAAUGAGCCUUCAAGUAAUAUUAAUAUUUAUUCUCUUAUUUUUUCAAUUUAAAAGGAAUUUAUUAUAAUCUACAUUAUUUUAAAAUUAACACUCUUCUACCAUUUUCUUUAAUAUUAUAAAUAAAACCUAAAAUAGAUACCGUGUUUUCAUUUCAAAAAGAACCACUCAGAAAAGAGGUCUUCCUCAUUUGCAUUUAAUAAAGUUCUAUCAAUUACCUUUUAGCCUCUAACUAACCUUACUUUGAUAUAUCAAAUGGGAACCUCCAUCGGGUAAUGUCUAUUAAGAGAGUUAUUAUAGGUGGUUCGAUUUUAAAUGAAAGCACUGUAUAAUCGAUAAUUAUCAUUAUCGAAUAUAUAGCGUAGAUUAUCGAAUUUUAUCAUAAUGGCGAGUUAUUAGGCGAAUUACUCGUGCCAUAUUACCACUACAGAAAAACUGCGGUUAUUGUUUUUUUUUAUUAUAUGCAAAUCAAAACAAAUAAUAUUAGAUACUACAUAGUUAUAUACACAAUUCUUAAUGUUAUUUAGCGGUAUUGCUGAGCUACUAUUAUUGACAAGUUGAGUCCCUUAAUAAUAGAACUAAACUAUACAUUUCAUUUCGCGGAUCCAGAAAUAACUUUUUCUAAAGAUUACUUAUUCUUCUAUAAUUAGGAUAGGCAUUCAUAUGAUUUAUUGACCUACUAAUAUAAUAAGGAUGCUACUGUACAUUUUUUACAAUAAAGUCAUCAGUCAGAGUCUAGAGCAGUUCCCAUAAAUCCUUUAAAUUUUUAAUUAAGAACCCUUAUAUAUACAUAUAACCAAAAAAUGCAUGCUAAAAUUUUAGAGCAAUAUCCUACACCUCAACUACUAUUGUCUUAAAUAAAUGUAAGGUGAAGUUAAGUUAAGGAACGGAUUAUCGUGUACCUACUUUUAAACACCAUUAAAUUCUAUUCGAGCAAUACUAACUUAAUUGUACUUAACUAUUGUGUAACUAUAAUAGUCAAAUUAUAGGGUGAUAGAAUGAGUAAGAAAAUUAAUAUGUACUACAAUCUCUUGAGAGCAUUUUAAGUAAAUGUUUUUUAUGUUAUAGAAAUUUUUUUCUGACGGAGGGUGUUUCCAAAAGCGCGACAUUCCAUACAUACCAAAAGCAUUUAAGCCAUUUUAUAUAGUGAUAUGAAAUAUAUAAUUAUUUACAUAGACAAUGUUGCAUAGUCCAUAUAGGUAUAUUUUAUUUAUAUUAUAUUAAAUGUUAUUUAUAUUAAAUUGAGCAGGCAAUGAUAUACUUGUAGACUCCUACCAUAGUUAAAUGAUAAAUAAGUCCAUAUGUCUGUUUAAAGUAUUUACCUUUUAGUUUUAAUCCUUUUGCAUGUCUGUAUCUUUAAUAUCACCCUGGAUAUAAUUGUUUUGUGUUCCAGUAUAUUUUGAAUACUCUAAUCAGUUAAAUAAUAUGUAUUCUGUUGAUAUGAAUAUAGUUAAAAGUAUUAUUACUUUUGGAACACCCUAUAGCGCUAGAUUCCUAAAUGAGUCUACAGAUCCUACUACUAACAGAGGUAGUUAGUAUUAAUUUUGAUUUUUAUAUUUU